AUGAACCAAAAUAUUAAUUCUCUUUUAGAAAAUGUUAUUCAAUUAGUUAGUGGAAAUGAAAUUCAUAAUAAUAUCAUUAAACAAUUUUAUCAAUUAGUUAAUCAAAAUGUAGAAAAUAAAUUAAAUAGUUUAGUUAAUGUUCCUUUAGAUAAUUUAGUAUGUGAAACUAAUAAUGCUAUUAAUCAUUUAUUAAGUCCUAUAUUUCAUUUUCUUCUUCCUUUUCUUACUUCAACAACAAAAGAACCAGAAAUGAAAUUUAAUGAUACUAUUUUAACUUAUUUAAAAAGAUUUGAUUUAAUGAAAAAUGAAUUACCUGUUUUACCUUUACCUCAAAAAGAACAUUUUAAAGAAGUUUUAGAUCUUCUUGAUGUAAGUAAAAGAAUUAAUAUUAAUAAUGAAGAUAUAGAAGAAUAUAAUCUUAAAUUAAUUUCUUUAAUUAAUAAAAAAAUUUCUCUUCCUUCAGGUAGAAAUUUAUUAUAUUUUAAUCAAAUUGAAAUUGAUGAAGAUGAUAUUGUUAUAGAAGGAACUAAUAACUCAAUUCCAAUUCCUUAUAUUCUUUCUACUCAAACAAAAGAUAUUAUUGAAUUUACUAAUGCUAUUACUUUUGGAUUAUGUGGAUCAAGUACAAUAGAUAUUGAUACUCAUUUAGAAUUAGAUCCUAUUUCUGUUGGUAAAUUUUUUGGUAAAUGUCUUCGUGGUGGAUUUAUGCCACUUGAAAAAGAUUUUCUUUUUAAAACAUUAACUAUGCAAGAUCAACGUAUUGAUGCUGCUGUUUUAUUAGGAUUAAUUAUUCAAUUUAGAUUAACAAAUAAUCCUAUUAUAGAUGAAAUUAGUCAAAUUAUACUUAAUACUUCAUCUAUUGGAUCUCCUUCAUUAGAAAGUCAAAGUCUUGCAUUAAUUACAUUAGCAUUUAAUUCACAAUCUAAUCCUUCAAAAGAUAAAGAUAAUAUUAUUAUUUCACAUUUAUGUUCUCCUUUACCAACAAAUACUAUUGGAUUUCAUCAUAUUUGGUCUUCAUGUUUUGCACUUGGUUGUCUUCAUUUUAAUAAAGGAUUAGAAUUUAAUCAUAUUGAAAUAAUGAAAAGAUUACUUUUUGGAACAUAUUAUUCUACAUUACAACAAUAUUGUAAUCCAAUUCAAUAUCAAGAAAGUUUUAAUGAAAAUUGUAUUUAUAAUAAUAGAGUUAGUACUUUAGUUGGAAUACCUUCUUCUUGUAUUUGUUUAGGUCUUUCUUAUUUUAAUACAUUUAAUAAAGAUAUUAUUCAACUACUUACUAUUGAUGAUUCAUUAAAAGAAAUAGCAAAUUCAAGACCAGAUGAUAUUUUUAUAAGAAUUUUAUCAAUCUGUCUUAUUAAGUUUGAUUCUAUUUUACCUUCAAAAGAAUGGAUUUAUUCAAAUAUUCCUCAAAUUCUUAAAACUAAUAAAUUUUCUGUAUUUGAAAUAAUGAAUUCAAAAUUUGCUAUUGUUUCUGCAUGUUGUUAUGCUAUUUCAUUAAGAUAUGCAGGUACAUUAAGUAAACCAGUAAAACAUUUAUUUAUUCAUUUUUUAAAUAAAUUAACAUCAAAUUUAAAUUGUGCAAUUUCAACUAAAAAUAAAAAAACUCGUUUAAAUAUUCCUCAUUUCGAUAGAUAUCAAAAAAUUAUUCUUCUUUCUUUAAGUAUUGUAAUGGCAGGUUCACAAGAUACAGAAGUAAUGGAUUUACUUAAAUCAAUUUAUCCUAUUGUUGAUGAAUAUUUAACUUAUGGUUCUUAUUCUAUUUUAUCUACUUCUAUUGGUCUUAUUAAUGCUGGUUUUGGUGAAUAUUCAAUUGAACCAUCAAAUGAAAAUAUUCCAUUAUUAAUUGCUUCCUUUUAUCCUUUGUUUGAACCUUCCUUUAAUAAUAAUAUAAUUUAUCCAAAAUAUCUUCAAUAUUUAUCAGUUGCUACUUUAAAGAAAAGAAUGUAUUAUUCUUAUAAUUAUACUACAAAACAAUAUGAAAAAUGUAAUGCAAAUCUUAUAUUGUCUUUAUCAGGUCAACAAUUUUAUUGUCAAGAUUCAAUCCCUAUUCAAUUACCUUCAUUACUCCCUCCAAUUCAAUUCAUUUAUGAAAUUGUUCCAAAUAAUACAUCAUUUCUUUUUAGCUCUUUAAAAGUCAAUGAAGAUGGUGAAAAGGUUCUUAGAGUAAAAGAUGCUCCUAUUAUCGAUUAUUAUGAUGACCUCCCUGACCUUCAUUCUUCUAAUUCAAUCAUCCAAAAAAUGCAACAAUCUAUCAAAAAUACUUUAGAUUGGAUGACUUCUAUUGCUAGAACAAAUUAUAGAACUCCAUUAGAUACUCAAAUUGUAAAAUUACUUAUUUAUGCUUUUCAAAAUUCUAAUGAUAUUAAAAUGAAAAUAAUUGCAGAAUCUGUUAAUAUUUUAAUAAAUGAAUGA